UUUCAACCCUUAUCAUCUCAUUUUGCAUUUCGGAACGGCAGCGCUUCGGUUGAAGAUUUCUCAUCUCCCAUCUCAAAUUUACUUCCCUUUCUCCCUCUAGAUUCUUCUCAAUAAUUCAGCGAAUUCAUCUUUUGCGGACCUUAUUUCAGAUAUCAUCACAGUUGUCUGCAAUAUAUUUUUGAAAUUUAACGCUUUCUCAAUAUCUGGAUUCGCUAAUUAAACAAUACGAUUAAAAACUACCAUUUUUUGUUGAAAUAGUGAGAUUUUAAUUCUUUAGGGCUUCAAAUCUACGAUAAACGAUUUCACGAUGUCAAACUCUAAGAAACAAGAAUCGAUGAACAACGAUGACAUAAUCAAUUGCGAUGACAUUUACGAGAUUGUUGAAUCGGAAGUUACGUGUACGAAUUCUAUCGAGAUUGUUGAAUCGGAAGUUACGUGUACGAAUUCUAUCGAGAUUGUUGAAUCGCAUGAUAUGAGUACGACUGUCGAUUUUUCCGCCGGAACUCCAAUAGUUGACGGUGGUAAUAAUGGAUCGAGGUGUUUGACGAGUCGAUUGAAUGAGAUAUUAGUUGAAGAAGGCGAUGGAGAUCUGUUGAUGCAAGAAACUGUUAGAGAGAGUAAUUUCAUGCAGUGGCUCCAAGCUCUGGAUUUCCAACAUAUUGGAGCUUGUCGUGUUGAUGAGAGAUUGAAGCCUUUGUUAAAGAUUAAUGCAUCAACCGGUGCCGCUUCUGAAGAUUACCUUCUCUCGCAUCUUAGCAAGUACUUUGAACCAUCUGAAGUUGGGUUGUUAGCAAGAUGCUUAUGUGUUCCACUUGUUUCAAUGCGAGUCGGAAAGGUGGAGAAGCAAGGAUCCAUGUUGUUUCCGACUUCUGUCAGGGGAAAUUUGAGUCUUACACUUCUUCCUUCAUCCGAUCUGCGUGUCUCAUUUAUUGGGGACAAUGGCACGACGGAAAGGCUUGCAACAUUAAGUGAUCCCGAAUAUUCUUCUGUAACAGUGGAAGAAAUCCCUGCUGAUCGGUCUGGUAGAUCAUUUCUAAUGAAGCUCCCUGAUAGAGAAACAAUUUACUUCUGGUGCUCUGAGAAUUCAAUGCUAGUUGGGUGCGACUUGCUUUUGAAGAUGAAAGAUUUGCUCAUGAGGAAACCCACCUUGACUGAAUUAACGGGCAUUAGUGAAUCACGUCUUGAGCGCUUUGCAACUCAUCUACGUUCCUUUCUAGUUGGCCCCAAUUUUCAAGCUACUUCUACAGCUUUGUCUUCUCCCUGGACAGAUAUACGAACAGAUUUUGGUGAGAAUACCCAAUCACCCUCAACUGCUGUGAAGCCUAUGCGUACAAGACAGAGUGGUGGUAUAGCAAUUAAAGGCCACACACAGUAUCAAGGUAGCCUCAGUCCGCGGCCUAAUUUAUUUAAAGAAACUUCCUUGAGGAGUACCUCUAGAGAAAAAAUAAGACGGCGGGGAGAUCUCCAUAUUCCUGUUGGUAGCACAAAAAUGACCGAAGCAGUCUUAAAUAUUUCUGAGACGGUCAAACCUUCAGAAGCUUUCACACCCAACUCAAUUUCUUCCUUGAGUUUUCUGGAAUCACUUAGAAACUGCAGUGUUCCGGAGUCUCCCAAUGCAACUAUUCAAAUCCCUCCCUUGGGAGCAUUUUUAUCUCCUUACUACUGCUGGUGCCCUCCGUGCACUACUCCAACAAUGGCACCAAUUUCAAAACUUCCGACUUCAUUAGCUGAACCCUUCUCACUACCACCCCUCUCUACCCUUUUACCCUCCACAGGAACUCCCAGCAUGCUCCCACAAGUUCCCCCACUUGAUCUAGCUAGUGAACCGACACUUGAAUUCCCUUCAUUUUUGUCAGAUCCUCUGACUAGACUAUCCUUCGCUAACCAAAGCACACAGCUUCCUAUCUUCACACCCUUAAUGUGUGACCCGAUUGUGCACAUCCCUGUGCUUGAUGUUUGCUCUUCUGGCCAAGGCUAUUUGGUAAGUGCUGGGCCUGGUAUUGCAUCCAGCAUCCCAUCAUUGCACCCGAAGCUGGUUGGUCCAAUGAUGUCCGAGAGCGAAUCAAUGGUAGAUAAAGGUGCGAGGGAGACCUUGAGACUGUUGAUCGGAGGAUCCAGCACUCAAUCCUCUGCAUCGCUGAUGGGGGUAUUCCCUGCUGUUCUGAAUGAUGAGAACAAGCAAGGUGUUGUAGUCGCUGGAAGCCGUGGUCUCUACAGUGGUAUCAGCGAUGUCAAUGCCAUUGUUAAUAGCUUUGCAGCAGUGGGAUUAACUUCAGCAUCUGAAAGGUCCACUCGAGCUGUUGGCUUGAAGAGCUUUUGUACUUCUGCUUCGGAUGUUAUUGAGCAUACUUCAAGCAGUCUGGAUUCCCAAGAUUCCGCAUUCAUGCCUAUGGACAAGGAAAACAAUUGACAGGAAAAAAGCAAGAAAGGUCCGUUUUUCCGCUUUACCUGUUUUUAGGCUAAGAUUGGGUCGAUGCAGAGGAUUGUAGAUAUGGCUAGCUUUUGUAGGUUUUGGUGCACUAGAAAAUGUAAGUAUGUCUCUUGCUCAACCCAUUUCGUUGGUAAAUCAUUGAUGUGAACGAAUGUAAAUGACUUUUGUAAUGCCAAUCUGGGUUUGUUCUUAGUU